AUGGAGGCGACGAAGGCGGGGGAGAGGGUGCUGAGCGCGGAAGAAGUGGAGCGCGUUCGAAUGAUGCUGACGAUCGUGGGCGACCGCGAGCGACGGGAACUGGAGGCCAAGUAUCCCGAGCUGAAGCAGCAACCGCUGUCGCGCGACGCGAGCAACAAGGAGGAGGGCGACGACGACGACGACUCGCCGCCGAGGCUCAUCGUCCCAGUCGGAAAGGAUCUGCUGGAGGCGACGCUGGGCGACAAUCCCUUCAUGCUCGACUUCGGGAUUCGCAGCUGCGCCUUCUCCUACAGCCACUUCGUCGGCAUGCGACGAAUCAAAGCCUUCUCCGAACCCGACGCCUCCGCGCGCUCGUACAUCGCGUCCACGUCAGCAAAGAUUCGCGGCAACGCGGUGGCGAUUAAAGACAAGCUCGAGGAGAAUUGGCCGAAGCUGCAGGCGUCGCUCGCAGCCGCCAUCGGCGAGUCACUGACUGCCACGUGGCAGUGGGUGAAGGAGCACAAACCGACGGGACGGGAAGCAGCAGCGGAGGGGAAGGUCGGGAAGGCAGAAAGCGGGGACGCAGCGAGAGAGGGGCGGGAAGCGAGAAGCACAGAAGGCGCAGAGGAGGUUACGAUCGUUACAGAUGAAGGGGAAGGGGAGACGAAAGCGGAAGAAGUGAAACAAGGAGAAGGAGCGAGCGAAGAUAGUCGCGUAGAGGAGAGAAAGGAGGAAGUGUUGGACGAGAGGGAGAGGGCGAGGCGGGCCAAAGAGGAGGAGCGGCAGGUGAAGGAGGAGGCGCAGCGGAAGGAGGAGGAGGCGCGGCGGGAGCUGGAGGCGCUGGUGGCGCGCAUGGAGAAGUGGGAGAUCCUCUUCCGCAACCCCUCCCUCGCUAGCGCCCCCGCGCAGUCCCUCCAGUUCGCCUGCAACGCCGCAGGGUCCCCCACCCCCAACCAUGCGCCCCAACCCCCAAACCAUUCCCCCACCCCAACCAUGCCCUCCAUCCCCUUUCUUCCCCCCCGUCCCGCCGUCCCCCCUCGCCUUCAGCGCAGCCUGGCUCUGGUCCACCAGAAGCUCGCCACGUGGCAGCAGGUGGUGGUCUCGCCCGCCGUGCUGCUGGACGCCUCGCUGGCCGUGAUUGUAGCGAACGGAGGAACAGUGCCCGAGAACAAGGGCUACCAGCCGUCCUUCCCGUUAGAAGCACAGAAGAGCGACCGGGGAGCGGGGAAAGGGGACGAGAGUGCGGGGAAGGAGGGGCAGGAAGGCGAGGGGCAGGGGAGUGCGAUACGGUGGGGAUCGGCGGUGAUCAGAGGGCACUACCUGCCCAAGAGAAUAGGGGAGUCGCUGCUGCUGUCACCACAGAACUUCAUGGCGGUGAGUGAAGCAUUGCGCUAUGCCUGGUCAACGGGGGCCCAUACCACGUGGCAGUGUCUCCCGAUCCCCGUAAUCCAUCUCCUCUGUGCCCUACCCUUGCUCCCUCCAUACCUCAUGCCCAAUCCAACCCCAUUCCUCCCCUCUCCACCUUUCUUCCCGGCAUGUCAGCUGGCGGUGACUCUGCCUGCUCGCCUGCGCACGUCCCCCUGGAGAUUGCUGUAUUCCACGGCCAGGGAUGGCAUCAGCAUGGCAACACUGUUUCGGAAGAUCAAGGGCAAGGGCGCAUGUCUGCUGGUCGUGCGUGACUCGAAUAAAUACGUGUUUGGGUGUUUCACCAACGAGGAGUGGCGCCCCAUGGACCGCUACUACGGCAAUGGGGAGUGCUUCGUCUUCCAGGUACCCAUCUACCCCAUGCGCCUCCAUCCAGCCUUCUUGCCCUGGCUACCUUCCUGCCUUGCUCCACCUAAUCUGCCCUCUCCUGCUGCCUGCACUCUUCUGCGCUGCUCCUUAAGUGGUAGUGCAUUCUCGCCGAGACCUCUCUGCCAGCUCCCACCAUGCCCUCCCACCCUCCUCCUCCCUCCCUCACGCUCUCCGCCUCUGUCCUCCCCUCUUCCACCCUCUCCCCCCACCAGGUGCAGCCGGAGUGUGUGGCGUACAGGUGGGCGCGCACACAACAGCUACUUCAUGCUCUCCAGCAAUGCCAUGCUCGCCGUGGGGGGCGGCCUUCUCUGUCCUCAUACGCUGCACCAUCUUCCAUGCUUCACACCUCCUCAAACUGCUUAUACAUGGCGUUGCCAUGUCCCCCUUCCCCAUGUCCCCCUUCCCCCAUGUCCCCCUUCCCCAUGUCCCCCUUCCCCAUGUCCCCCUUCCCCAUGUCCCCCUUCCCCAUGUCCCCCUUCCCCAUGGUCCCCCUUCCCCAUGUCCCCCUUCCCCAUGGCUCCCCUCUCUCCCUGCUCUCUGUUUGCCUCCCCGUGCUGCCUUACCAGCUCGGAGGAGUUUGAGGUGGCACAGGUGGAGGUGUGGGGCUUUAAGUGA